UGAAACAAACGAACAUCAACAGGAUCAACACGUGGCAGUUCUCACAAUGCCACAGAAGGCUGCGACGGCUGCGAGUGGUGGGUUAUAACAAUAUUUUGAAAUAAAAUUAUUGUUAUGACUCAUGUGCUGUAGUAAACAACGGUAAACAACCAUGUUUGGUCAUGUUCUGAUCGGGUCUGAUAGUGCGUCACAGAACUUGUGUAGGUGUGUUGUCUGUGUUAGUGUCAAUACGAGAUAGCCAGAAAAACCUGUAUUCAGGAGAAUUGUUCGGUACGGCCUUUCGGUUAGUGAAGGAAAUGAAAUUAUGAGAGAAUAAUUUCACAAGUAACAGAAUUUUUAGAAUACAAAAUAAACCGUAAAAGACAUGUGCAGGAAGAACUCUGACAGGAUUACAAAAAUAAAUUAAAACAUGAUUCAAGAUGAAAAAUUCCUGGAAGACAUGUGAAAUGAUGGAAGGGCCGUGUUUCCGUAAUACCCGUAGCAGUUUUCAGUGGACCCCACAAGGCAUUAUCAAGUGGUCGAAGACUGUGCAGAGUACAUUACAUUGCAUUGCAUUCCAUGGAUUCAAAGUUAGUCAAAAUGACCGUAGGAUGUUGAAUAUGUCAUAUAAAUACAAAACAUAUAUACAGUCCCAAUGGAGUUCUCACACAAGAGAAACAAAGGAUACACAGUGACUUCACACAAGGCUAUUUGAAGUCAACGGAACACACGGCUCCCGCUCGGCCCAUCAAUCCGUUUUCCACAAGCUGGGAUGCGACAACUGGUGUCAGGUGUGGGGUGUACGCAGAGGUCUUCACGACAGGUAUACAUCAAGGUCGGCAAAUUUCGCAGCAUCAACAUCCAAGACAUGGAACGAGGGGUGGAAGACCACAAGGAGAAGCUACGAAACAAACGAGAUCAGUUUUCAGUGAAGGAGAAAAACACCAGAGAAGGCAACUACAGCAAGCAAUCGACUGAGGUUGCAGAAACUCACCUACAUCAGCCAGCGGCCAGGGCAAUCUCACAGGCGAGAGGAGCGCAACAGCAGCACUCAAGAAGGAAGAUAGAAGGCAAAAAGUGAAAAUGAUACGAGAGGUGAUCAUACUCCUAUGGAUGGGAACGAUCCAAGGAUUACAACCCGCCUUAGAGGAACAGGGAUAUCUAGUGGAAAAAUAUGAUCAAUCAACAGGAAUAUAUUAUGAGAAUAAGGGACAACUAAAUUUAUAUAACACUUAAUGGCAAGUAGUAGUACAUACUAACCUGAAGGGGAUAGACAGCCAGUCCAACGAGAUUGCUCAGUAUCUUAAACACAUAAACAAGUUAUGCCAAGAUAUAGCAAUUCAAAACUGGACUGACUGUUACCACUUUCCGGAAAUUUCGAGAGAAAAAUUACAAGUUAAAAGAACUGAAAAUUUGAUAAUAGAUGUGGCCAAUCACAGACUCAGAAACACUCGCAGACAACGAGGCAUUUUCAGUUAAUCGGAGAAAUUAGUAAAGUGCUAUUUGGCACUUUAGAUAACAAAGAUGCAACAUAUUACAACGAGCAAAUUAAACAUUUCGAGGAAAACUCCGACGAUAUGACGAAGUUACUAAAACAGCAAUUAGUCAUAGUAAGGUCCACGUUAGGAAUCAUGAACAACACAUUAAAAGAUAUGGAAUAUAAUCAGGAAAAGGUAAAGGAUGGACUAGUACAAAUCAAGAAAUUUUUAGAAUCAGUCACAGCAGAUGAACACGAAAAAAUUAACACAUUAGCAGUAAAAAUUACGGUAGAGAGCCAUAUUGCCAGAGCUAGAGAGGCAAUUGACACAUUGCAACGUUAUUUAGACGUUCUACUUGAGAGUAUCAUGCAAGCUAGACAAGGAAUAUUAUCGCCACAAAUUGUAUCUCCACAAUUAGUUAUGGAUUCAGUCAUUCAGAGUAUGUCAUCCUUUCCCAAGGAUACCAUUCCGCCUUUCCCAUUCAUCAAGGAUUCAAUUAACCUAUUGUACAAAGUUUGUGAUAUCCAUGUAUAUAUGAAUGAAGGAAUACUGGGUUAUGUGAUCACCUUACCCUUAAUUGGUAGAGGAAUAUUUCAAGUGUAUAAAAUGAUACCUGUGCCGAUACCUUUAGGUAAUAAUAAAUUUGCAUAUAUUGAGACUGGUGAAGCAAAUUUGUGUGUAGAUCAGACAAGACUGUUCUACUUUGAGAUUAGUAAUGCAAAAUUAAAAGACUGUAAAAUAAUAGAUUCCCAGUCAAGGAUAUGCAAGCAAGACCGUCCAUUAUUGUCAAGUCAGUUGCAAGAAACUUGUGUCAUUAAGUUACUACAAAAACAGAAGGAAAUUCCCAAAAAUUGUGAUACGAGGAUAGUUCAAUUUAGAAAAACGAUGUGGACACAACUUGACAAUAAUGCAUGGAUAUACUUGAUGCCUGUCCCUGAAAGUGUGACCAUAAUAUGUACAGAUCAUGGUCCAAGAGACAUUACACUUACAGGCGUAGGUAAACUGUCACUAUACACAGGAUGCAAAGGCUAUACCUCAUUUGCAUUCUUACAGGCAAAGGUUAAGGUAAAAGCAAAAGGUAUAAAAGGAGAAGACUUACUCUCCCGAAUUCCAAUAGACAGUCAUUGUUUAGAAGGACUAGAAUUCCAUUCAAACAUUAAGUUGCAUUUCAAACAUGUUGUUUCCCAUAUAGAUGAUCUUAAACGUGCUAGUUAUAAGAUAUCUAAACUAGAAAAGGAAAUAAAUGAACAAGAGUGGAGGAACCACCAAAAACUUAAACACUCCACAUAUUCAGCAAUAGUAUACGUUUUAUUGACUAUACUCAGAAUAUCCAAGGAAUUAGUCCAGGUCCGAGGCUUUGUGUUCAUUUUCGUAACAUAAUGAUUUUUUACGGUGAGGAGUUGUUAGCC